AAAACAACGCACGGGUUUCCAGUCCGAGUUCUGCUGAGCACAACGAAGUCGGCUUAGACGUCGUAUCAAACAGUGGAUAAAAGUUCCAUAGGAAAAAUGUCGGGUGCAACUCUUUUAAACGAAAUUGGCUGGGAUGAAGGUUUUGCCAUACCAGUGGCAAAUGCAGAGAACAAGGCUUUGGAAGACCAGCUUCUAAGGAAACAAAAGGAAAAAUCAGACCUGGACGGCAAACUCUGCACACACAGAGAUAAGAUCCAAGCGAUGGGUGAACAUCUGAAAAAUGUGAGACAGGAACUAUCUCACACUCAGGCUCUUUCCAAGGCCAAAGAGAAGCAGACCGAGUCCGAGGUUCAUUUCAAGGCCCUGGCUGAACGGGAGAUGGGCAGACUGCAGCAGGAGAUUUCCAAGCUGGAGAGGGAGCUGGGAGCAACGAGAGACAAGAAGAAUACACAGGAGAACAACAUCUUCAAAGCUUCCCAGAAGUUAGAUGAACUUAAGAGCCAGAUGAACUGGGACCAGAAGACUCUCAGUGCUUGGCUGGAGGAGUCGGCGCGCAAAGAUGAGGACACCAUGGCUAUCGUCAAAUACGCCCAGCAGGAUGAGAGCAGGGUCCGGGAACUGACAGUUCGCAUGGAGAAGAUGACCAUCGAGGCCAGCCAGAAGCGCAGAGCCCUUGACAACGAGCUGACGGAGACGAUCACGGCACAGAUAGGGCUGGACAGUACUGCUGAAAGCUUCCGUCACGCCCACGCAGAGAGGCAGGAGCUCAUUCGACAGUGGGAGAGCACCAUUGAGCAGAUGAGAAGGAGGGACCGUGAGAUGGAGCAGUGCACACUGCUUCUCGCCCAGGUGAACCAGGAGGUGAGAGAGAAGGAGGCCACAAUAAAGGAAAAGAAGAACUUUCUGGACAGCGAGGUGGAGAACAACAGGGAGCUUGAGAGGAAGAUUGCAGCCGCGGAGCGACUGGCCGCAAAGCUUAGGCAGGAAUUGCAGGAGAAGGAGAGCAACCGUGUCAGGCUGGAGGAUGAGCUGGAGAGCCUGAGGUUCAGUGUGGAUGGAACAGCUACAGAAGUGCAAGCGAAGAGAUCCCAGCUGUCCAGCAUGAAGAAGGACAUCCUGGAGAAAAGCAACAAGGUCAAGGCAGCUCAGGCCUUCAACGUCACCCUGCAGGAGAAGCUGCAGUGUAUAACGGAGACAGCCAUGAGUGUGGAGGAGAGGGCUGCGCAGAUGGAGCAGACGCUGAAGGAGAAUGAGGAGGCCGUUAAGGAAACGGAUUCCCUGCUGCUCCACCACCGGGAGGCGCUGUUCAAGAAGACCCAGGAGCUGGAGGCCCUGAAAGCCCAAGAGAUGGAAAGAAAAGCGGAGAUUACAGGAUGCAGAGCGUCACUGUCCAACCUCAACAGCCGGUUGAACAAGAUGGACCAGAAAUCCCUCAAGCAACAGAAAAUUAUUUACAACCAGGACUUCCGGAUCCAGCAGCUAGAGAGGAAGAUUUCUCGCCUGAAGGGGGAGGUGACAGGGGAGGAGAAGCGGCUGCUGGAGGCCAAGGUGUCUGAACUGUCUGAAGCUUUGGAGGAGAAGAGGAAAACGUCCAGCAUGCUGAUGCUACAGCUGAGAAGACUGCAGGACAACAUUCGGUGCGUGCAAAAGGAGAUGGAGAAGACAGGAGUGGAGAAAUCAGACCUGACCACUAAGAUCGAGGAGCUAGACCUUUUCAAUGAUACCUCAGACAAAGAACUGAAGAAGCUCAAUCAGAAAAAGCAGGACGCUAUGGUGGAGGACAACAUCCUGAAGCUGGAGACGAAACGCCUGCGGGACCUGCUGUACGAUAAGGCCGACAGCGUCCUCUCCCUGGAGAAGCAGAGGCUGUGGCUGCAGGCGGUCAUGAGCGAGCGGGAGGAGGAGCUUAAGCUUCACCGUGAGAUGAUCUGCAAGCGGGUCAGAUUGGCCGAGCAGGAGCAGCAGGCGCUCAGUGCCGAAGUCCAUGAAAGGCUCUCCAAGACUGACAAGAUGAAAAAGAGGUAUGAGAUACUGACUGUAUCUAUGGCUCCCCCUGAUGGUGAGGAGGAGAGAUCUCAGGCUUACUACAUCAUCAAGGCUGCACAAGAGAAGGAAGAGCUCCAGCGCAAGGGGGACGAUCUGGAUGCUAAAAUCGGCAAGGCAGAGAAGGAGAUCCAGGCUCUGGAGAACACCCUGCACGUGGUCAACAGCCGCAAUACCACUUACCGGAAAUCACUCCACAAAGUAGAGGAGUCAAGUGAGGAAUAUCAGGAGAAGCUCAGACUAGAGGAGCAAAAGAGAGCUGCAGAGGAAAGGUAUAAAUAUAAAAGAAGGCAAAUGAAAGAGCUACAGGAUGACAUUCAGAACAUGAAUAAUACCCUUGAAAUCCUGAAUCGUGAUGAAGCUGCACAAAGUGAAAGGACAGAAGAGACACGUUCUCAGCUCCAGAUACUGAAUAAAGAGCUGGGCUUGCAGGAGGAGAAGCUGGAUAGAGUGGGGAAGCAGUGCUCAAAGCUGACCAGGGAGAUUCGGGCUGCCAGGAAGACCAAGGAGGAAUCCUUGGAAGAGCGAGACAUCGAUCUCCGGGAGCUGAGGGACUUCAACAGGACAGUGAAUAAAAUGCUGCUGGAAGCGAUGCAGGAACAUCCAGACCUGAGAGAUGCCAUUGAUAUGUACUUUCAGCAGGCCAGUCUGCCCCCGCCCUCUCCUGCCCCCACCCUAGUGAGUGGGACCAGCUCAAAGCCUUCCUCUGGCCGCAGCUCAGCUUCCUCACUCCGCUGGUCGGGGGGGUCUUCAAGCAGCAGCGGCUCCUCCUCAGUGCAAGCGGCUCCGCCUCCCACCACGAGGACCGUGGACCUGGGCAUGGGUCUCUCGGUGACGUCCGCACCCCUUGUCACACCAUCCCCACGGGAUUCCCGGCCCGGGAGCGGCACCAGCGGCAGCAGCAGAAGCGGCGGCAGUGUCCACAGCCGGAAGGUCCAGCGGAAGACCCCAUAGAGCGGCUGUGACCCUCUUAAGGUUACAGACAUUGGCUCAUUGAGGGGCUUUUACCUAAGAUUUACAUUACAUUGAAAUAUGUGUGAUUUACCAGCUCAUAAGUGGUUAAACAAAUUCAGCUGUGACACACUGACUAAUGUCAACUACAGAGGCAACCUAGAUACCAAAUUUUCUUACACUUAGGAACACCUAGAAGGUACAUUAUUUCAUCUGCUUCUCUUGCAUGUAUGGGAAACUGCAUUCCAUUAUAGGGCAUCACAUUUCAUUUUCUUUACUGGAAGGGCACCCUUCAAAAAUAUUUUCUUCCCUUUACAAGGCCACGUGAUUGUGUGUUCUGACUUGGACGAGCUCCCUAAGACUUUUUUUCUACCAGAAAGGCACCCAUAGAGCCAGGGGAGUUACUAGACAUCCUGAGCCCCCUGAGAAUAUGUCACCUUGCCCCCUUGCCAUCCAUUACGACAACUUCAGACAUUUUCACAAUGGGAUGGACACUCUGCACAGCACUGCAUUACAUUUUGUCCACUGGAAGGGCAUCUACUUGGGCACUUCAUGUUUUCUCACCACUUAGGAAUACCCUGAGUCACGAGGUGAGGAAGAAUACCACAUCUUUAUUGGGGAAGAUUAUUUUUUUAGGGAACAGGGUGCAGCUGGAACAGGACUGACAGCAUGCAUUGUGGAAAUGCAAAAAGUAAAUAAAGGGAAAGUGGUAUAAAAGCCAAAUCUAUUGGUGGGGAAAAGGAAAAACAGAGGUUUUGGGGACAUAAAAUCAGACUUGCAAGGUUAAAGGGGGUAAAACUUCUUCCAGGUGACUAUGAGCAUGGAAAGACCUAUUUGUGCAUGUCACAAUGAAUAGGGACAUGUGCCAAUACUCAGCACCCCAGAUAUGGUCUUCUGAGAGUCCUUGCCACCACUGACACUGCACCCACUCUAGACAUGAAUUCUGGUCCAGUAAUUGAUACUUAAAUAAAGGGAAAAUAUAUGAAUGUGU